AUCACGGGACGUUGUUGAUUAGAGUUUCUUAGGAUAGUUUUGUUGAUAAGAGCGAUAGCACUGGCGGUAUUGGAAGUGUUGGAGUCAAAGAUAUUUGGUUGAUUGGAGGUUUAGUUAUUGAGAUUGUGUGUCAUUCAGAAGCAUUAGAUUAGAGGGUAUAUUGGAAAAUGAAGAUCUUUCACUUUAAUAGCAGCGAACAUGGGAAUAGCAAUUUGGGCGGGUUGGACAGCUCUGGCGGCCUGGAGAACUUGGAUGGGUUGGAUGUGGAAAACCAGUUCAACUCGGUGGAGAUGGAGUUGAUAGAACAGAGAAUCAGCAACAACCGAAAGAACCAGCAUGGGAACAAAAGAACAUCGAAGAAGGCAUUGAGCUACGACAUAUUCAUACCCAGGUUUAUCAACAGCAACAACAAGAUGUUCUACUACAUCUUCUUCUUGAUGGUGGUUGGGCUCGUGGGCAUUUUCUUGAACUUUGGGCUAGGAAUCAGGCUCUCUGAGUACGACGAGGAGACAGAAGGCGAAGAUUCCAGCGAGAACUACAUCGACAACAGCAGCUAAGCGCUGGAGCAGCUGGAACACCUCCAGCAGCUGGGCCACCUGCUUGGGAAGCAGCGCCCGCACGCGAGAAUCCGCACAUAAUGCACGUGCGCAAGUUGUAGCUCGUAUCGCCACGUGAUCGUCCGCGUCUCCGGCUGCGACGCAGCAGAGCCGCACUUUAGUGCGUCACGGCGAUUUUCACGGGCAGCA